UAUUGCGGAAUUCAACAUCCUCCGGGAGGAUGGUGAAAUGGGCUAUGAUGUUAACUCAAUUCAAUAUCGAGUACCGGCCAAGAUCAGCAAUCAAGGGACAAGUCCUUGCAGAUUUUCUGGUGGAAAUGACCAGUCUGACUCCGAAUUCACCGGUAAAUCAACCCAUAGAACAAUGGUGGGAGAUGGUCGUAGAUGGGGCAUGUGGUCUUAAAGGAUAUGGAGGAGGCAUAGUGUUUACCACCCCAGAAGGGUUUAAGAUCUACCAAGCACUCGUCUUCAACUUCAAAUUAACGAAUAACGAGGCAGAAUAUGAAGCUCUAGCUGGAGGACUCAGACUCGCUCAAGCUCUCAAAAUCAGCCGGGUCAGUAUAAAAUCUGACUCUAGCCUGAUUGUGGGGCAAGUGACCGGUAACAUGGAAGCAAGGGAAGGACGAAUGGCGCAGUACAAGGAUCUAGUGCUAGCCUUAUUGAAGAGCUUCGCGGAAUUCCAGAUCGCCCAGAUUCCCCGGGCAAAAAACGCAAAUGCCGAUCUUCUCUCCAAAUUGACGCAGUAUGCCCCCGAGCAUGUUUCAGAACUUGCUCGGGUAGAAAUCCUUGAUCGAGCCAGCAUCGAGAAAUUGGAGGUGGCCACUAUAGUAGCAGUCGGCCAUUCUGACCGGUCAAACACGGUCGGGACGGACGACCAUUGGAUGAGUGACCUUAUGAAAUAUUUGACAGAUGGAAGCUUGUUAGAACAAGAUGACCGGGCAAGAAAAGUAAAACUCAGGGCACCCCGGUUCCAAGUCAUUGACGGAAUGCUAUAUAAGAGGGCAUUCGGGGGACCACUCUUGAGAUGCUUGACAAACCAAGAAGCAGAGCGAGUCAUAGCGGAAGUCCAUGAAGUGGCUGGGAGAAGCAGGAAACAGGUGGUUGGAAGAGCUUCCGCAUAUCAUACGAGCAUUUCGAGUAACACCCAGGAGGGCUCAUGGGGAACUCCGUUUUCCUUAACCUAUGGGUGUGAAGCAAGAUUACCCAUCGAAACUGAAUUCCCAACGUUUCGGGAAUCAAGGUAUCAACCCCAGCAAAACGAAGAAGACUAUUUAGCCGAACUCAACUUAGUCGAGGAACGAAGGAUGGCUGCGGAAGUGAAAAUGAGUACGUACCAACAAGUUGUGAAGAAGUACCACGACAACAAGGUUGGGCCGCGAUACUUCCAAGUUGGUGAUGAAGUCUUGCGAAGAAGAGAGGCUAGUAAGCCGGGAGAUGGAGGAAAGCUGGCUAAGAAUUGGGAAGGCCCAUACCGGGUGGGAGCUAUUAUUCACCCGGGAACCUACCGGUUAGAAACCCUAAGUGGUAUACCGGUAGAAAGAACUUGGAAUUCUCUUCAUGUGAGAAAAUUCUACAAAUGAUUGUAAUACUAGGCGAGACCUACUUCUAUUAUCAAUCGAAUUGAUGAAGUUCAAUACUCUACCUGGUAGCAAAGGAAGUGAUAGGUCGAACCUAUCCUAGGAGGGAUUCUCGGGUAGAUCGAAUCCACUUGGAUAAGCCAAAUGAGACACAAGCCCGGACCUGGCACGCUGGUUACUACACCGGUCUUGCUCAGUAUAAUAGAAAAAAUAAUAAAACCCGGAAGAGAGGUCCCGG